AUGUCAACCCCUAUCCUUCCUCACGCCCCUCCUCGGUGGCCGUGCAGAGGGGAUGGGAUGGGAGGCAGCAGUGCAGCAGACUUGAAUCGCUGCCACAAGGGAGAGUAUGGGGGUGGGCUUGGCCUCUCAAGCUUGAGUGUCUUAUCUGCGUCUGCCAAACUACCAACUUCUCCUGCCCUUCCUCCAUCUGCUGCCCCUCCUUCCCCCUCUCUUGCCCUCCCGCCUGAGAGUGUGAUCACUGGAGCAAGGGCGGAGAGUGGAGUCCACCCUCUCACUCACCUCCUCCUCUCUCCCUUUUCCCUUCUCUCCCAGCAGCAACCUGCUUGGAUCACAGUGGAGCCCUGCCCUCUGUUAAUCCCCCCACCCUCACUCCCCACUACCCAGCAGCCUCAGGUAUCAUGGCGCCCUGCUCGGCUGCGGUAA